AUGACCUCUAAUUCUGUUUUCAGGGACUUCACUGGUGGAAUAGGAUCAAGACCAAGACCAGCUUUGCUGCCUCUUGACCUGCUUCUGAAAGUGCCACCCCUCAUGCUCAGGGCCCACGUUAAGGAACUAGAGGCCGAGUUAGUGACAGGGUGGCAGUCCCAUAGCCUUCCUGCUGUGAUUCUUCGCAAUCUCAAAGAUCAUGGGCCACAGAUGAGCACAUUCUUGUGGCAAGCAUCUGCAGGAAUUGCUGUGUCCCAGAGGAAAGUACGUCAGAUCAGUGAUCCUAUUCAGCAGAUAUUAAUUCAACUGCACAAAAUCAUCUACAUCACACAGCUUCCUCCGGCUUUGCACCACAAUUUGAAAAGAAGGGUUAUAGAGAGAUUCAAGAAAUCCCUUUUCAGCCAACAGAGUAACCCUUGUAAUUUGAAAUCUGAAAUUAAAAAGCUAUCUCAGGGAUCUCCAGAGCCGAUUGAACCCAACUUUUUUACAGCAGAUUAUCAGUUAUUACAACAUUCAUCAGGUGAAAACAGCCUGUCCCCAAAUGACCAGACAGGUCUACCCACCAGCUUUGAUUCGGAGGAGGGAAUAACAUAUGAACAGAUGCAGACUGUGAUUGAAGAAGUUCUAGAGGAAAGUGGCUAUUACAAUUUCACAUCUAACAGGUAUCAUUCCUAUCCGUGGGGGACCAAGAAUCACCCAACCAGAAGAUGAAAGUGCUGCACUUUAAAUGGACGUGGUUUUCCGGGUGAAGUUCAAGUUCUGGACUUCAGCCACUGCUGCAAGAUGCCCAAGGUUUGGGUGCUACUACAAGGGUGUGAAAGAGAAAAGACCAAGAUGCCAUGGGACCUGCAGGACCUCUUUCUGGAGGUCCUGUGCUGGAGUAUAUGACAGCUGCAGUGCUUCGGGGCUCCACUGCCAGGAUGCAUUAUAUACAGGCUGACAGGGCUCUCAGUUUGCUCCUGGGAGAAAAUGCUACAAAAUUCAUCUGUGGGAGAAGGAAAAACCACUCUCACAGAACUUUCCUGCAAGUUUAAAAAAACAACAUAUAAAAAAUUGUUAUAUUUUUCAAAGGAACAUUUUAUACUCAGAAUUGCUAAAAGUAUGUUUAAAGGUAUCUAAUCUUCUAUGUAUAAAAAAGUAAUUUUAGAUAAAGAAAAAAUUUACAGGACCCAGAAUAAUAUAUUGGGUGAUGCACUGUAUUCUCCCAUUUUUUUGUUGUAAAGAAAUUCAAAAUA